GAAAAUAUGACUCUACAUGCUUAUUAUUCAGCAGUUACACUCAGAGGCAUCGUUUUCAAGUUCUGCUUGAGCUUUAGGACCCAGUGUUUCUCCUCCUUUGGAUCCUCCUGCAGGAUCUUACCCAAAGGAGCGAAACCGAAAGUAAAGGAAUUCCCCCUUUACUCCUUCCUUCUGUUCCUGUGUGAGGAACAGAUUCAGUGGAAACUCUGGCUGUGUAAAUACUAAUUUACACCCCGGGAAGAAGCUCGCAGGUUUACGUUCCUCUCACUGUAGAGCUGACACCAUGUCUGCGGCUAUAGUGCCGAGAUGGGUUUGGCUGUUUCUCCCUCUGACUCUCAGUCAAGUGUCUUCUGCUUCAUUUUCCAUAGAGGUUCCUAAGGCUCCAGUCUCAGGCCUGAAUGGAGAUUCGGUGUCUUUGCCCUGCACUGUCUCAAAGAGUAUAGACGCGAAGAAGUUUGAAGUGCGCUGGUACCGUCCAUCAAUGUACUCUACACCAGUUCUGUUGUACAAGAGUGGCCAGAUUGUGGAGAUCUCAGCAAAGCACCAGGGCAGAGUGUCAUUCUUAGGAGCCCUGGAAAAAGGGGAUGUGUCUCUGAAACUGGACAACCUCACAGUAGCAGAUGAAGGAUUGUACAUUUGUCAGGUUAGCAGUGACAGCUGGUAUGAGAUGAGCAACAUGUCCCUCAAAAUACGAGCGGUGGGCUCCAUUCCCAUCCUCUCUGUAGCUCAUGCAGAAGAAGGUCAGGUGAAUGUUUCCUGUCACUCACAUGGUUGGCUACCAAAACCAUCACUAAACUGGAGAGAUGGAACGGGGAGAGAACUGAAACACCAAAGCAAAGACACGUUCAGCAAAGAUUCUGAAGGGUUGAUGAGUGUGAGCUCUUGGCUGCUCGUAUCUUCCUCUGACUUAGGGUGGCUGUCCUGCAUUGUGGCUUUGUCUGCCUCUAAUCAAGAGAUGAGAGAAAGCAGAGUUGUGCCACACAUCCCAACAGUUGCAGAUUCAUGGAAAGAAGCCUUCAUCGUGGUCCUCCUCAUCUUGCUGCUGUCCAUCUUGGGGUUUGGAGUGUAUUUUAUCCUAAAUCGGAAAGGUUUGAUUUGUUCCAAGAAACAGAAGAAAGAAGAUGCAGAAAACUUAGAAAUUCAACCACUGAACUCCAGUGCGGAGAAGCAGCCGCAUGAAGCUCCCACAGCAGAUGCACCUCAUCAGUCUUUGUUAAAAGGAGUAGAUGACCAUCAGGUUCCUGAACAACAGGUGGACGGAGCACUCACUGCAGAAAAGGACCCAGUGAACCCAUCCCAUGUGGAUAAAAAUCAUCAGGAGCAAAAUAAACCUCAAACUGUACUUACAGAUCCUCAGACUGCAUUAGCAGCAGAGUGGAAGGAGAUGAAAAGGUUUAAAGUGAACCUCACCAUAGACCCAAAAGAAAAUCCACAAUUCCUCAUGAUAUCAGGAAAGUCAAUAUGCUGCUCUGACCUAGAAGACAUAAAUGAUGAGGAAAAGAUCUUCGCUCUGUGUAAAGAGGCGUUCAGCUCUGGAAAACAUUACUGGGAGGUGAAGGUGAUGGAGAGGAAUGAAGAGAAACUCUCGUGGUAUGUUGGAGUGGCGAGUGAAGAAGCUGAGCGAAUGUACAAGGUCCCUUUAACUCCAGCUAAUGGAUUCUGGGUUCUCUGUUAUGAAAAGGAACCUGAAGAGCACUGUGGAGUUUACAGUGUAAAUAUUAAAAUGCCAGAACAGUUAAAAACAGGUAGUAAAAAGAUUUCAACGCUAGGAGUGUUUGUAGACUGUGAUAACUGCACUGUGUCCUUUUAUGACACUGAUAGAAAAUCACUGAUCUACACUUUCACUAACCUGAGACCUGGUAAAUCACUAUAUCCUCUGAUCAGCCCCGGAAUAAGAGACAGAUUUCGCAUAACCGUCUGUUAAAGUAAGAUGCAAGGAGAGACCCGAUGGGCAGCUUUGUAGUAGUAUGAUCUUAUGAAGUUGGUGAUCUUAUCCUCUUUUAUUACAUGGCAUGCAGUUAUGUGUGCAGCUAGCAAGUCUGCUCAGCAUGUCUAAGUAGAAUUGUCAUUCCAGCCAAAUCAGUGUGGGACCUUUUGAAUCACUGGAAUCACAGCAUCAUGUUUCCUAUUUGAAAGUACAGUAAUAUUUAAUGUUAGGAUAAAAUCACAACACUUGUGGUUGAGUUGUGACUUUGACACUUCAACACACUUCUUUUGGUCCUUUCUUUUGCAGUCAUACACUACGACUGAAUAUAUCACCAUCACAUGAAAACCUUCUAUCUCCAGCUGUUCUUUCCAUUGUGUUAAAAUGUAAUGAACGGAUGCAUCAAUGCUCUAAAAAAACUUGGGGGAAAAACGCUUAUUACAUUCAUUUCCAUGAUAAUGUUUUUUCCUCCUCCUGUAAUUCUGCCAUUUUGGAGAGACAAGGUGUUUUUCUGACAGUGAUGAUGUAAAACAGCUGGAAUUUCUGUCUUUUUUCCAUUAGAACAAACUAAACCAUGUUUUAUAUUACAGAAAAUACUGAUUCUAUGUUGAUACUCACAUGAAACGUGUGACUGGCAUUUAUUUGCAUUAAUACAUGACUUUAUACAGAACAUACUGAGUAAAUUUUACACAUACUCUGUGCUUCUAUAUCAUUAUUAAUCAGAUAAGAUAAAGUAUGGAGUGUCUGAACUGUAUGGAAGCCUGUCAGAUAUCCAUAAUAAUUUAAGUGCUAAUGUACUUAUAUUGUGUUGUCUUGAAAAUAACUGGCUUACUUAAGGAUCACUGGUACCUUUUUCCAUUCAAUAAACUACUCUGGUGAGGUUUUUACUGGUUAUUGAUUAGUGUUUUACUCGCCACGGUAUUCACGAGGAGAAGAAUCACAGGAAUGUUGAUGUUGAUGAAGACUGGCAUGUUGAUAAAGCUGAAUGUGUUGGCUAACAAUUCUAGACAUAACUGACAGGUACAAUUCAUCCUUCCUUUUGGAUCUGAACUUGCAUCUGGAUGAUGUAUGCUACAUUCAAUAACUUUGAUAAUAUUUCUGGAAUGUAGACUACAGUGAACCCCUGUGUCACUGAGGAUGUACCAACAUCUUAUACCAACAGUAGAAAGCCAAGUAUUGCCUUUAAUAGUUUAGGACUGGAAGCCUUUUUGUGAUUACAGGUCAUAAAAACCAAGGUGAAGUCUAUUUUGUAAUACAGGUUUCUGGACUACUUCA